AUGUCCGAUAUGGAGGACAGCUUUGACGAUGUUUCUUGUGUCUCUCCCCAGAACCUGGGAUCCUCGUCACCAGGCAAAAAGCAGAGCAAGGAAAACACCAUCACGAUAAACUGCGUGACAUUUCCUCACCCAGACACGAUGCCGGAGCAGCAGCUGCUCAAACCAACCGAAUGGAGCUACUGUGACUAUUUCUGGGCUGAUAAGAAGGACCCCCAAGGCAACGGAACCAUGGCUGGGUUUGAACUGCUGCUUCAGAAACAGCUGAAGGGCAAACAAAUGCAGAAGGAAAUGUCAGAGUUCAUCCGGGAAAGGAUAAAGAUUGAAGAAGAAUAUGCAAAGAACUUAGCUAAGCUCUCGCAGAACUCCCUGGCUGCUCAGGAGGAGGGCUCCCUGGGAGAAGCGUGGGCGCAGGUGAAGAAGAGCCUUGCCGACGAGGCUGAAGUUCACCUCAAGUUCUCCGCCAAGCUUCACAGUGAGGUGGAGAAGCCCCUGAUGAACUUCCGCGAGAACUUCAAGAAGGACAUGAAAAAGUGUGACCACCACAUUGCGGACCUCCGCAAGCAGCUCGCCAGCCGCUAUGCCGCAGUGGAGAAGGCCCGGAAAGCCCUCACGGAGCGGCAGAGGGACCUGGAGAUGAAGACCCAGCAGCUGGAGAUAAAGCUGAGCAACAAGACGGAGGAGGACAUCAAGAAGGCACGGAGGAAGUCCACACAGGCGGGAGAUGACCUCAUGCGCUGUGUGGACCUCUACAACCAGGCCCAGUCCAAGUGGUUUGAAGAGAUGGUGACCACCACGUUGGAGCUGGAACGGCUGGAGGUGGAGAGGGUGGAGAUGAUCCGGCAGCAUCUGUGCCAGUACACGCAGCUGCGGCACGAGACGGACAUGUUCAACCAAAGCACAGUCGAGCCUGUGGACCAACUGCUUCGAAAAGUGGACCCAGCCAAAGACAGGGAGCUGUGGGUCAGAGAGCACAAGACGGGCAACAUCCGCCCCGUGGACAUGGAGAUCUAGACGCAUGGCCUGGGGCGUCCUGCCGAGGAGGGGCUGGGGUCCCACGGAGAGGAGGUGGCACUCCUGCCAGGGGGGGACCUGCUCCCAAGCGGAGCUGCCCUCCCACCCGCUCUCCUGGUCCACUGAGGAGAGGGGACAGUGAAGCCAGAAGGGCGGCCCGGAUGGCCCCAUGGGGAGCUCCCCAGUGUUUCCAGGCCAAGAAGAUGGAUCCAUAGCCCUGCCCUUGUCUCCGAGGCUGAAGCCCCCCCAAGUCCCAUGCCGUGCUUGCCACUCCGAGAACAAACCGAGGCUGGAACGCUGUGGUCCCUGCUGAGCACCAGAGGGGUCCCCUCCCCACCCAGAGCCAGCUGUGUCACACGCUCACGCCCCUGGAAGCCCCAAGGCCCUUCCUCCAGCCAGCCCACCUGUCUCCAGGGCUUUGGAGGGGCGGGGGUGAGAGGUCUCUGUCUCCCAGCCGAGUGUCAGGAUCAGAAUCGUGGAUAGAAGGCACCUUUCAGCUCAACAGCCCGCACCCAGAAUCCUUUGCAGCAGCCCUCCCUCUUUGUUUUUUCCCAUUGCAUAUUCUGGGAGCCCACAUCCUGGCUCUUCUCUGCUACUUUUCAUCAUUGGGAGUCUUGGGAAGAAUGCCUGGCUCCUGUUUUCCCAGACUGGCCCUGCCUGCAGAGGUCAGGAUGGAACUACCUCAUUCAGCAAAUUCGCCCCAAGUCGGAGCGUUGAAUUGUGUCUCCUAUUAGGUCAGGCAUCAACGUCACGUGCUCUCUCUGGGCAUCCCCGUCCACCCAGCCUGCAGCCGCUUCCUCCUCCACCCUCGCGUGUCCUGGGGGCCGGGUCAGUCCCAUGUUGGAGAUGGGUUGGGGCAAGUGUCUGUCACCCCCCCAGAUGGCUCCACCUGCCUACGCACAGCGGGGUCGGGACCACUGUCUCAUGUAUGGCUCUCACUGGCAGGCACUGUGCAGGCGUCGCCGACCCUCGCGGCCACAGUACGUAUCACCAUCCAGGCAGUUUGGCACCUUGGCCUCUCAGCUCCUGCACGUUUCAACGCCCCGCACGGAGCCCCUAGCUUGGUGCUGCUACCCCCUUGCCCUUUCCCCAUCAUCUCCCCAUUCCUGGGAGAGCCUGGUCUGAGCGUGACCUGGGAAGCUUUGGCACUGCCAUCGGCUCCUCACUCAUCACUUUCUCCCUUACGUGUUAAAUCUUGAGAAUCAGCUCGAGGCCGCGGGAAGAAGAAGAGGGCUGAAGGAGGUCAGACAGCUUGCAGGGGGCCCCUUCUAGCCUGGCGCCCGCACCCUGCAAACCCAUCUUUCUUGUUAAUCUUUCCCUUGAUUGCUUUGGAUUCACAGGACUCACAAGCUUCUCGGAAGGGCAGCCGCCUAAGAACAAAACUCACUGGUCUUUCUCUCUGCCGUCCAUGCUGGUAACUGAUGACUUGUCAUUCUUGAAUCUUUUGGCACCUCUGCCUUCUGGGUCAGUACGGCAGGCACCCUCGUUGUUACAGUAGAAAGAUGCCGGAUAGCCCAAAGCAGAGCAAGCUUUGCCACUUUUCUUAUUGAAACGUCCCAACCAGAAAGGUCAACAGGAAGGCCUUCACCACCUUGAAGGCCAUCUGUGUCUGGCAUGGAGAACCACUCCUUCUGGUCUGCAGUUGGGCCAUGACGCCAGCUGCCAGUUUGGGGAUACCGUGGCUUUGGUUUCUUUAU